UAAACAAUAUAUAUCUAUUUAUAUAAAUAGUAUAUAAAUAAAAAAUGGUUUGGACAUUGAAGUCAAUCUUAGUUACUGGUUCUAAUAGAGGAAUUGGGUUAGAGUUAGUCAAAAGAUUAACUGAAAGAGCUGAAAUUGUGUUUGCAUGCUGUCGUUCUGCUGAAAAGGCUCAGGAAUUGAACAAACAUGCAUCAAACCAUGAAAAUGUUAAAGUAAUUGAACUUGAUGUAACUAAUAUGGAUUCCAUUAAAGUUGCUUAUGAAAAAGUCUCAAGUAUACUUGAUGGUUCUGGCUUGACAUGCUUAGUCAAUAAUGCUGGUAUUGCUUUUAUGUCAACAUUCAAUGAAUUCUCUUCAGAUCACUGCAAAGAUGUUUUUCUCACAAAUUCUAUUGGACCUGCUCUUGUAACACAGACAUUUCUUCCAUUAAUAAAAAAAGCAGCUAUUGAGAGUUCUGAAACUGAAUUAAGCGUGUCUCGAGCUUCUAUCUUGAAUAUAUCAUCUACUAUGGGUUCAAUAUCUGAAGCAACAACUACUCUAGGUAUUGAAUAUAGAAUGUCAAAGGCUGCACUUAACAUGCUAACAAAAACAUUAGCUUUUGAAUUGAAAUCUGAAAAGAUUUUAGUUGCUUCUAUUUGUCCUGGUUGGGUUCAAACAGAUAUGGGUGGCCCUAACGCAACUCGUACUCUAGACUUGGCUGGUUCCGAUUUAAUUGCUUUGUUCGAAAAGUUAAACGAAAGUAAUACAGGAUUUAUGACGAGUUGGAACGGCAGAAUUAUUGGCGCCUAAAAUCUAGUUUGUUUGAUGGCGUUGAAUUUUUAUAGUGAUUUUUAUUUACUAUUUUUUCUGUACUUUAUUAUUUAUAUAAAAAUUUAUGUAAAGUUAUUUAUUGAUUAGACUUUUUUUACUUUUAUAUAGCCUGUUAUAUUGGAGUCUGGGUAAUAAAUUAACAAAUAUUUUAA